GGUAAAUAUUUAAAAGGAUAUUCAACGACUUUUAACAGCUAAUCUGUCCCCUUUAACUGCUAAAAGAGACGCUCGCAGGACUGUGGCGAUGCGACUGCGUUACCAUGGAUACCGCGAGUGAAGUCGACCCCUCGGACGAAGCUGCGGUUUGCAUUAGCUGCUAGCUACGCUCCGUUCCGCCAGUGCUACAUUUAGAGGUUGUCCGUCGAUAUUAAAUACAUCUAAUGGGCCGAUACGGUGUUGGUACAUGUCUUAAAGGUGGAGACGUGCGGAUGGUGGAAGCAAGGUGUUAUUUUUACGGAUGAGUUGACUGUGCGAGUGAAGAUGUGCGAUGGAAAGAGAGAGUCACUAUCAAGCGCCUGCUGGGCCCACAGCUGCGGCUUCUUCUUGCUGCUAGUGCCGACCCUCAUAUCCCCUGGACAAUGCUCAGGUUGUUUUCGACCCAUCAUAGUGCAGCAUGGCUCUGCUAACCUGUCAGAGUCCAACAUGAGCUUCUUUCCUGUGGGCACCGUUCUCGAGUACCACUGUGACCCUGGCUACCUGCCAGACGGGCCCAGCAUUCUCACCUGCACUACACUGGGACUCUGGUCUUUCGAACCACCAAACUGCAUCCACAGUGAUGUUUGCCAACCUCCAUAUCAGCCAGAGAACGGGGGCUACAUCUGCCACCCUUCCCCAUGUCAAACACUUUCCCAUGGCACUGUGAUUGAAUAUUUCUGCAAUGAAGGAUACUCACUUAAAGGAGAACGCAAAUACCUCACGUGUGAAUAUGGGGAGUGGGACAGCCAGCUGCAGAUCAACUGCCUGAUGGAGCAGGGAUGCAUGACGCCAUACAUGUUCCAGAACAGCUGGGUGAACCUCACAGUGAAUAACAUGGGCCAGUUCUCUGUGGGCACAGUGCUGCAGUACAGCUGUGACCCAGGUUACCUACCACACGGACCCAGUUUAAUCUCCUGCACCGCCUCAGGACACUGGUCUUCUGAACCUCCUCGCUGUAUACGCAGUGAUGCUUGUCUACCAAUGUCAGAACCAGAGAACGGAGGGUACACCUGUCACCCUUCCCCAUGCCAGACCUUUUCUCACGGCACGGUUCUAAAAUUCUUUUGUGAUACCGGCUUCAUUCUCAAAGGAGAAUAUAAAUAUCUGACCUGUCAGAACGGGCAGUGGGACGGUCCCAUGGAGAUCAGCUGUGUCAGCCAAGGGUGUUCCCGACCCUACACGCAGCAGCAUGUUUCAUCGAAUUUAACUGAGAUCAACAGCAGCUAUUUUCCAGUUGGCACUGUGCUGGAGUUCCGCUGCGAAGCUGGCUACAUUCAAGAAGGACCCAGCAUUGUCACGUGUCUGGUGCCAGGACACUGGUCAUCAGAGCCUCCUCAUUGUCUGCACAGUGACGUGUGCCUGCCUCCGUAUGAACCGGAAAAUGGAGGCUACCUCUGCCAUCCUUUUCCUUGUGGGAGACUUACCCAUGGCACUGUGAUCGAGUAUUUCUGCGAUGAAGGCUACAUUCUGAGGGGCGACUAUAAAUAUCUCACCUGUCAGUACGGCGAGUGGGAUAGCAGAAUGCCCAUCAGCUGCCUCUUGGAGGAAGAUGACGAGUCAGCUCUGCCCUUGGGGAUGCCUGCGUUGUCCAUAGUUUCGUCAACAGCCAGCUCAGUUGCUCUCAUCUUGCUUCUUGUUGUGCUGUUUGUUCUUCUGCAGCCAAAACUCAAGUCCCUCCAUCGACGUGAUCAAGGGCUCAGUGGCACGCCCGUGUCCAUCAUGGUGGAAGGUGUCCAGGUCUGUCUGCCGUCAUACGAAGAGGCUGUUAACAGUGGAACAGGCCCCAGUCUCAACCCAGAAUCCCGCGUCCAGAUCGUCCUCUCUGAAGGGCAGCAUGCCAUGUCGCCAGAGGCCGGCCCCUCUCGGCCCUCACCCCUCAAACAGCUGCACUCAGAGAGUGCUAUCGUCCACACUGCUCCAAGUCCGCUCUCAUCAUCCCCAUUACCGUCAUCGUCCACCUGGACUCUGGACCACACGGGUGCAGUGGGGCCUCCUUCUUUCCAGGAAACAUCAUCAACAGAAAGUGACAGUCUGACACUGAUGGACUCGGAGACAGACUGCUCUGAUGAUAUGCCGUUAUUGAAGGAGACAUGAAGCGACUGUUGUAUUUGGAUGUCAGGAUAACCGCUAUAUGGUGAUGACUCAGCUGACAUUACACACGUACAAGAAAGGGGGACUUGACAUGUACAUACAUUCAUUCAUUUUCACAAGGAUCCAAGCACCUGCAGUUUCGCGCUCAUUUUCAUGAGGUGGUGGCGUAACAAAUAGGUGGGAUUAAAGCAAAGUGUCAAAUAUUGUGCAUGGCCUUGAGUGAAGCCAUGAAAUUAUAAAUGCAUUUUGUUUGAUACAGUGGCACGUUAUGGUUACAUAUUCCUAAAAAUAAAUAAUGUUGCAGUCAAAUCAGGUAUUAGGAAUCUAUUGUGAAUCUCCCUUUGUUACUGAGGUUCUCAAAAAUGUACUGUAAAGAGUGUUGAAUUUACAUGAGCGUCAAAACAAUUUCAAGUCCCUUAUGUUUUUUUAAUGAUUGAAA